ACCACUCUUCAGAACAUCGCUCACAUCUGAUUGUAUCAUCUUUGCGGAAAAUCCGUUCAAAUGGAGUGGGACCCGAACAACAUCUGCUGGUAUACUCCUCUGUAUAGGUUCGAUGACAUCCAGCCGUCCCUCUCUAUAACCGCCCAGAACGAGGUCCCUGGAAUUGGCAUGCUAUCCCCCGAGGAUGGCGAUCACCCAGCACCCAACACCAAUUACUUGGCGUGGGACCCCUCCGUGCAGCUUCCAUCCCAUGUACUUCCCACCAUCCAGCCCGCCCAACAGCAAUCGGUAACCACUGGACGGAACCCCGACAGACAGUUCCGUUGCGAAUGGAGGGACUGUCGGUACUCCGGUACCUUCAGGCGCAAGGCUGAGCUGCUCCGUCAUCUCGAUACUAUCCAUGUCAAUCCACAGUCGUUCAAGUGUCAGAGGUGCGGGUCGACAUUCAAUAGAAAGUACAACCUGAAGGACCAUGUACGACGGGUACAUAAAACUGAGCGGUUGUGAUUUGUUGCAACUUCGUUUGUUUAGGAUUGGAGUUUAUAGGGCUAUGUCAGUUCUG